AUGAGUAGGAGGAAUGGAAGUGGUCCAAAGCUUGAUCUGAAGCUGAACCUGUCACCACCAAGGGCAAGUAAUAAUAAUCCACUGGUGCAGUCACCAAGAAGAUCAGCUACUGUUUCACCAACAUCACCACCAAGCUCAUGUGUUUCCUCUGAGCUCAAUCAGGAAGACAAUUUCAGAUACUCAAACAGCCCUGAGGCCGAGGCCACUUCCAUGGUGCUUGUGGGUUGCCCAAGGUGCCUCAUGUAUGUGAUGCUUUCAGAAGAUGACCCAAAAUGCCCCAAAUGCAAGAGCACUGUUUUGCUUGACUUUGUUCAUGACAACAACUACAACAACAACCCAACAACAACCAUGAAGACAAGGAGGAGCUAA